AUGUCCCAGAACCACCUCAUGAAUGUGGUCUACCGCAGAAACAGCACACUUUUCCUUCAGCAUCUUAAAGGAGCAUCCAUGGGCAUGCGCCUCAAGGAGCAUCUACAGUGGGUGGAGCGAAACAUACAGUAUAAUGGGAAAAAAGCCACGCUGCACGGGAACAUUUGUCUCAGAGUGCUCACCGAGGAGGGUCUCAGCGAGAGCUGCUGCUCGGAGGCUGUCUCUUACUGGAAGGAUGCGGACGGUGAAAGCAGAGAUUCCACUACAAUGUGUCCUGUCAUGUCCUGGCUGUUCUGCCUGUGCCUCUGGGUCAGUGUGACUGCCAUGCAGCUGUGUCAGGCCACUUUCUACGACACCAUUCAGCAGAAUCCUGGGACGAGGCCAGGCCGGACCACAGUUCACAUGAUCGAAGGGGGCACAUGUGAAGUAAUCGCUGCUCACAGAUGCUGUAAUAAAAAUCGUAUUGAGGAGCGGUCACAGACGGUGAAGUGUUCAUGUCUGCCAGGGAAGGUGGCUGGGACCACCAGAAACAGGCCUUCGUGUGUUGACGCGUCCAUCGUAAUUGGUAGAUGGUGGUGUGAAAUGGAGCCUUGCCUUGAGGGGGAGGAAUGCAAGACACUCCCCGACAACUCAGGCUGGAUGUGCUAUGCUGGGAACAAGAUCAAAACCACAAGG